AUGGUGGCUGGAAAUAGACUUGGAACACAUUUUAACAAGGUUGGUUGGGCAAAUUUGAAAACAAAAUUCUUGAAAGAGACUGGUUUAAAUUAUGAGUCUAAACAAUCUAAAAACAAGUGGGAGGCUAUGAAAAGAGAAUGGGAACUAUGGGUUAAACUAAACGGAAAAGAGACCGGUCUUGGUUGGGAUCCUAUUAAGAAGACCAUACAAGAAAAUCCUGAUGUGGCAAAAUUUAGAGAGGAAGGUCCAAAACAUCUUGAUGAAAUGGAGUUCCUUUUUGAAGAUGUUGUAGCUAUUGGUGUAGGUGCAUGGGCACCUUCUGAAGAUAUAAAUGAUAGUUAUAACGAUAGAUAUAAUGACGAAGAUAAUGCUGUUCUCAAACAAUUACCUGGGCUAGAAGUGGGGAGUGAUAUAUUCUUUAUAGCUACAAGACUAAUGGCAAAAAGGUCAAAUAGAGAGAUUUUUAUGGGGCUAGAAGAUUCUGCCUUACAACUUGGUUGGUUGAAGACUCAUAGUUUAGCAGAUGUGUCUGGUUCUUAA